AUGUCUGAAAUAAUUGUGGGAAUUAGCGGGAUGACUUGUGGGGCAUGCAGUGCUUCUAUUACAGAAGCACUCAUCCAGAAGAAGGGUGUUCAAUCAGUUGAUAUAUCCCUCAUUACCGAAGAGGGAAGAAUAACGUAUGAUGACAAAUUUAUUCAAAGCGGUGAAAUUGUACAGACAAUAGAAGAUUGUGGUUUUGAUGCUACAGUAUUGAGAAGCAAUGUCAGUGGCAAUUCUAAAGACGAAGUGGAGACAAUUGUAUCUAUACAAGGUAUGACUUGUGGAUCAUGUAGUGCAUCAAUCACCAAGGCAUUAGAAGAAUUGUCAGGAGUCACUUCGGUUUCCAUUUCUUUGUUAACUGAAAAUGGAAAAGUCGUUCAUGAUAGUUCAAUAUCCAAUGCAGAUAUAAUACAGUCCAUUGAAGACUGUGGUUUCGAUGCACAAGUAUCAUCAACAAAUAAUGCAAGCAGCUACAUCAUUGAGUCAAGAUUCCAAAUAAUUGGGAUGACUUGCGGAGCAUGUAGUGCAUCAGUCACAAAAACUUUGGAAGAAUUGGAAGGGGUGGUGGAGGUCAGCGUUUCUUUGAUCACAGAAGAAGCAAUGAUCAAGCACACGAAUGAGAUUUCAGUUGAUAGUUUGAAGACUGCCAUCGAGGAGUGUGGUUUUGAUGCCAACUUUUUAUCCUCAAUUAAGACUGAAACUCAAAUAAAUGAAGUGGAAGAGGUAACAUUCAGGGUAUUCGGACUCCAAGGCUCGGAAUCGAUUUCCAAUUUUGAAUACAAUUUGGAAGCUGUGAUAACGCACUUAGGAUAUGGAAUCCUUGACUACAAUUUGAACAUUGAGAACGAGUCCACCCAGAAUACCUCAAAUAUUCCAAAUAGUGAGGAUCCUGAUAGUGAAAUUAUCAAUGAAGAGGUAGGGGGUCAAGAUUUGGUGAAUGAAUUAACCAUUCAUUACGAUUCUUCAAAAAUUGGUAUUAGAGAUAUAUUGAAAGAUUUGAAUUCCAUCAAUGCAGAUAUCAAUUUUCUCAUUCUUAAUUCGCAGUAUGAGUCUUCGGAACUUCAGUUGAAGCUCUUGUCCAAGGUAAAAGAAAUAAAUUAUUGGCGAUCAAAUUUUUUCAGAUGCUUUGUUGUGGGGGUACCUAUUUUCAUUUUAAGCAGAACACAAAAUGUGAAAUUUUUCAAAGAGACUACAAUUUUCGAAGGAUUGUUUCUCACUACAUUAAUUCAAGGGGUUUUGUCCAGUUAUGUUCAAUUCAAAUCUGGGAAGACUUUUCAAAAGAAGUUCUUUACUUUCAUAAAAAUGAAAGGAGGAAAUGCUACCAUGGAUAUAUUAGUAUUUAUCUCGAGUAUAAUUUCUUUCUCAUUUUCAGUUCUUUCGGUUAUGAUUGGAAUUUGGAACGGGGUUGGAGCUCCUCCUAAAACUUUGUUCGAAACGAAUGCAAUGAUCAUCACGUACAUUUCAUUAGGGAAGUGGAUAGAAAAUAAGGCUAAGGGUGCUACAUCCACAGCUUUAUCCCAGCUUCUCUCUUUGAGUCCUAACGAAUGUACUAUAGUAACUGACAUGGGGUUAUACGAACAGUUUAUCAACACGGUAACUGCUGAAAAGACAGAAAAAGGGUUUGAGCAACUGAAUGAUGAAACCUUUCCUACUACUGUUAUUGGAAUCGAAUUAAUCCAAAAGAAUGAUAUUACUAUUAUUCUACCAGGGUCUAAUAUUCCUGGUGAUGGAGAGGUUAUUUUUGGAGAGAGUGAGAUCGAUGAAAGUUUAAUUACCGGUGAGAGUCUACCAGUGUAUAAAAAAGUUGGCGAUGGUGUGUAUGGAGGUUCAAUCAAUGGACCAGGUUUAUUGCAUGUAAAGAUCACGAAAUCUGGUAAAAAUUCUCAAUUACAGAAAGUGAUCAAAUUAGUUAAAGAUAGUCAAAUCAAUAAAGCUCCCAUACAAAGAUAUAGUGAUUAUAUUGCUGCCAGAUUCGUACCAAUUAUCUUGCUUUUAUCAUUGGUGACAUUUUUAUUCUGGCUAUUUUUUUGCUACUUGAGUGAUUCUCUUCCAAAAGUGUUCAAGAUGGAAGAAAAUGGUAGGUAUUUCGUUUGCCUUAAAUUGUCAAUAUCAGUCAUUGUUGUGGCUUGUCCUUGUGCUUUGGGAUUGGCAUCUCCCACGGCAAUUAUGGUAGGAACUGGGUUAGGCGCUAAAUAUGGAACUUUGAUUAAAGGUGGCGAAAUAUUGGAGAAAGCAAGUAAUAUUGAUAUUCUUCUUUUUGAUAAAACUGGAACUUUGACAACCGGAAAAAUGAAUUUAUUGAGAUAUGAAAUCGCUGGAACUACUAAACAAAAUACUGAUCAUUGGUGGCAAUUAAUUGGUGCCAUAGAGUCCAAUUCGGAACAUCCAAUUGGCCAAGCGUUGGUGAAGGUUUCCAGAAGUCAAUUAGGGUUAUUCGAGGAGGACAAAUUUGUUCCCGUUACCAAAAGUUUCAAUUCUGUCACGGGUAUGGGUGUAAAAGGUGAAGUCAUCUUCAAUGGUACAACUUUCGAAAUGAUUAUUGGUAAUAAAAAGCUAAUCCACUCCAAUAAUUUGGUGGUAGAAGACAUUGAAAGCUCCAACACCAUCAUUUACGUAGUCAUUAAUCAAGAAUACCAAGGAUACAUCGAAUUAACCGACGAGUUGAAACCUAAGGCAAGGACCAUUAUUGAUCACUUGAAGUAUGAGAAGAACUAUAUCGUGGGUAUGGUUACGGGGGAUAAUACGAAGGUGGCUGAAAGAAUUGGUAAGAGUUUGGGUAUAAAUAAUGCCAACAUAUUCAGUGAAGUGUCGCCAAUCCACAAAGACAAAAUCGUUGAAGAAUUACGCUCAAAAUUCAAGAAUCAAGCAAAAAUUGCAUUCAUUGGGGAUGGAAUUAAUGACGCUCCUGCUUUAUCCAAUGCAGAUGUAGGAAUUGCCAUUGCAAACGGGACAGACAUUGCCAUUGAAAGUUCUGAUAUCGUUUUGAUGAAUGAGAAUAAUGAUUUAUAUGGAGUUCCAAUGGCUUUCGAGAUAUCCCAGAAGACUUUUAGAAGAAUCAAGAUCAAUUUUAUAUGGGCGAUGAUUUAUAACUUGGUAAUGGUCCCUUUUGCGAUGGGCUGCUUCUUACCGUUCAAUGUAAUGUUGCCACCAAUAGCAGCAAGUUUGGCUAUGGCUUUUAGUUCAGUGAGUGUGGUAGCAAGCUCGUUGUUAUUGAACAGAUGGAAGCCUGAUUUGAAGAAUUACUCAGUUGCGAAGGAUUUUGACAUCGAAGAUUUUGAAGAUUUCGACUUGAAAAAUGAUGAUUAUGAAGCUUUUAUAAGGCACAAAGCUCAGAAAAAUAGAAAGACUAACGUUUGGAAACGAGGAUAUAGAUUAAUUAAUUAA